UAUACAUAUAUUUGAACAAAAAAAUAAAAAUAAAAAUAAGUAUAUACAUAUACAUAUAAUUAUUUGUUUUUGGCUCGUACGUGGUGUAUUGCCUUUAAAAAGGGUAAAUUAGAGUAUAGCUUGGAUACUUCUUUGCUUGUACCUGAUCUCUCCGAGUCUCUCUUCUUCCUUCUCUUUUGUUCACUGAUCUCUUUUGAUCAUGGGUUCGAGUUUUCAUUACACUAUAGAUCUCAAUGAAGAUCAAAUCGACCAACCUUUUUUCUCUCAUCUUGGAUCCUCUCUUCAUCAUAACCAGCAUCAUCAUGAUGAUGAUCAUUUAGCUCCUUCUAAUCUCUCUUCUUCAUCAUCUUCUUUGACUCCAUCAUCUCUUUCCCACCUCUCUUUCUUUAUCAAUUCUCACCAAGAUCAAAUACAUGUUGGGUACAACAACAACACUUUUCAAGGUUUUCUUGAUCCCCAUCUCUCCCAAUCACUUGAGACCAAGAAGUUUGUAUCUAAUAGUGGAUCACCAUCAAGCGAUCAAGUGGUGCCAAAGAAGGAGGCACGACUAAAAUUGACGAAACGGAAGAAAGACAAUCAUCAUGAUCAUGAACAGGUGAAAUUGAUGAAGAGGAAGACGAUGAUCACCACCACUGAGAACAACAAACAACACGUUAAUAACGACCAAUCCAUGAACAAAAGAAAUUUCGAAGGAGAUGACCAUGAUCAUCUCAAGAAAAUCUCGGCAAAUCAGUACAAUAUAGUCAACGAGACUGGUUAUAACGGAAGCAACAAUGGCGUGAUUAGGAUCUGUUCCGAUUGUAACACGACCAAGACUCCUCUUUGGAGAAGUGGUCCGAGAGGUCCCAAGUCUCUAUGUAAUGCGUGUGGGAUAAGGCAAAGGAAGGCGAGGCAGGCUGCUAUGGCAGCUGCAGCCGCAACCACAAACUCUGAGUACUUGUCACCACCCCUCCUGAAAAAGAAGAUGCAAAGCAAGUACAAAAGAUCAAAUGAAGUUAGCAACCUCUAUUCUUCUUUGGCUUCAAAGGUAAAGAAAUGUAAGAGCAUGAGUACAUCGGUGGAGGAGGCAAUAUCGGUGAUGGAGCGCACAGCAGCCGAGACUCAAGGCAAGUCCACUAUGUCGAGAUCUUCCUCGACAUCUUCCUCUUCAAACAAGUUUUAUUAUGAUGAUCUAGCGAUGAUCUUGAGCAAAAGCUCAGCUUAUCAGCAAGUUUUCCCUCAAGAUGAGAAGGAUGCUGCCAUUUUACUAAUGGCUUUAUCGUACGGAAUGGUUCACGGGUGAUCCUUUUAUUAUUAAACAUCACCCUUCUUUAAGAAAUCAUGGAAUUAUUCUUAUAAACUAUACCAUAAUCCGUCAUAUACGUGAUUAAAUUUUUUUAUGUUAGUAUCAGUCAGCUCAACUUUGUGGGGUUUAAUAGUUUCUAAUAGUGAGAAUAUUAUGUAUGGAGCUUCGUAUAAUUCCGAUAAUGUUGCUGUUCUUGAUUUUCACUUUUAUCAUUUGUUUUUAAAUA